GCCAGAUGCACAGAAACGGCACACGGAGCAAGUCGUUAAAUUUUUAAAGAAGAACCCGACACUUUUUUACGAAGGCGAUCUACUCCAACUCUUGGUGCUUCCUGAAGAAGUCGAGCACCCAGUGCUUACCGCUCUUGGUGGUCCGAGAUGGAUUGAGAGCCGGCGAGCGUCUGUGAGAGCUGAUGAGCGCCAGAUAAAGCUCUGCCGUGGUUGUGGCGCGAGAGAUAUCAAUAAUUCUCUCUUCCGCUGUUCUCGGUGUCAGCAUGCGUAUUAUUGCUGCAGGAAGUGCCAGAAAUCGAAUUGGAAUCAGCACAAAAAGGAUUGCAACGAAAUCGUACUCUCGAGGGAGAAAGCACGGGUACUAAGUCAAACGAACCCCACAGCAGGUCAGAGAUAUCUUGCAUGGUCGAGAUGGGCUACCCUUCCAAACUCGAGUCGAGACCGUGCCUUCUGCUCUGCACUUGGACUUCAUCGAGACCCGUCUCGAGGCCAGACGCAUAUGAUCAUCUGUAAGGUCGAGUGGGUACCGGAAAACAAAGACCCGCGUUUCCAGUUCCGCAUAACACGCUGCGGAGUGGUCCGGAUCAGUGAGAUGGCGGCACGCGCAGAGACUGUUUUGAACUCGGAAAGGGACGAAACUCAGGCAUAUAUCAAGACGGCAGUGGAUGCCCUGGAAGUGGGCAAUCCCUGGGAGUAUGUCCAGAUGGUACCCAUUUUACAUAUGCUUCAUGAUGAAGCCGGCAACAACAGUUCUCUACGGACCAGCGGAGUUACGCUAAAAGGGUUGCGAUACAUACCUUACAAUGCGGAGUGGCGGAAGACCAUCAACCAAAGUGGGGACGACGCUCCCGGUGCCCUUGGUGCUCACGACCACGAGCAUGACUUCUGA